AUGUCUCCGUUGGCUGUGAGAUAUCUCCUCUCAUCGAUUUAUCCUUCAGCCAUGGGUGCGACACGCCUUGAAAUGGAAUCACGACUUAAAUUGCGGAAGCUCGACCCCAUGAUUGUGUACAAGGUGCUCGAGGAGGAGUUUCUCGGUGCGAAGAACUUCAACAUUGCCAAUCGUGUUUUUGUCCAUCGCGAUGUGUGGCUAAAGCCAAUUUAUCGGAAGCAGAGGAACCUUCAGUUUGAAAAAGUUGACUUUGCUAGGGCUACGCUGGCGGCGAAGUUAAUUAAUGAGUGGUCCGAGAAGGCAACAGCUGGUCAAAUACACCAUAUUAUUGAUCCUGCCGAAAUUCACGAGGACCUCCGAAUGAUCCUCAUCAAUGCCAUUCAUUUCAGAGCACCAUGGAGGGUACCAUUCCUCGAGAGACGCACCCGCAAGCAGCUCUUUCACACGCAAACUGGACGAAUUGUCAGGACGGAUAUUAUGGUGCAGCAUCCAGCUGAUUUGAGGUACACCCAAUCCAAGAAACUCCAAGCAAAAAUUGUUGAAAUCCCCUAUGCGUCUCAUUUCGUCAUGUGGAUCCUCCUGCCAUCAAUUCAAUCCAAUCUCAAGGAACUCGUGAGGCGGCUAUCCGUGAAGGAUCUCUGGGAGAUUAAUAGAAAUCUCACAGCUACCAAAAUUUCCCUUGAAUUACCAAAAUUCUCCAUUGAAUCCGAGCUGAAUGGCAAGGAAAUUCUUAUGAAAAUGGGUGCUCCUUCGCUCUUUACAAAACCCGAAUUGGAUAUUGCAAUGAAUGGUGGUCGCUUCUUGGUUGAUGACAUGAGGCAGCGUGUUAAGGUGGAGAUUAAUGAGGAAGGAAGUGAACUUGGGAUAAUUUCUUGGAUGGGAAUCCUUCAGAGGAUAUCCGUAGAAUUUCCAACCUUCCAUGCAAAUCGCCCAUUUAUGUUCCUAAUUCUCACCUCAAAGUCCCUCAUUCCGAUCUUCUUGGGGCAUCUGGCACAACCACCAGGUGAAAGUAUUCAAUGCAUCUUCAGCAAUAACCAUUUUGGAGAAUACGACGAUUGCUAG